AUGGACCAACGAAAACUUAUGGAUAACGCCAAUACUAUUACAGAUAUGGCAAAGGUUGAAGUGAAGGAAUCGAUUAAGGAGGUUCCACUGCUGAAGGAUGAGUUCAAAAAACUUCAAUCUGAAGUUAAUGAAAUUAAAGAAAACUUGAAUAAAGCAAAGAGCACAUAUGCUGAGGUUACCAAAAUAAUAAAUGAAGCCGAAUUGAUAAGAACAAGUGUUAAUAAACUCGAAAAAAAGGUUGAGGAUUUUAAAUCCCAAGAUAAAGAAAACUUGGUUCCAGCAAUUGAUGAAAUCAGUGAAAGAGCGAAACGGUCCUUGAAUAUAAUUACUCAAAAUACUGUCUACGAAAUAGUAUCCGACAUGAGCACAAGACAGGAUACCUUUGAAGAUAGGCUAACUAAUGUAGAGGAAAAAUUGACUGCACUACAAGAACAAUUGGAUCUUCUUCCAGAUUUAAUUGCUUCAAGGAUACAAACUCAGCAAGAAAAAAUUGAACAAAGACGUAACUUCCUACAUCCUGAGUCAGCAGCGGGCCUACAACAAGCAAGAAGCGUUCCUCCUGCUUGUAAUUGGCCUGGAACUGCAUCGAUGCCAAAUGCCAAUCGACCAUCUCCACCAGCGACAACGCAAAGCUAG